UUUGAAGGAGUCUGAAAUGUCGUCACUGUUUCAUGAGGAGUUCAAUGUGCUCAAUGUAAUGUGCUGCACAAGGAAGAGGAAGAUCUGACUGAUUUAAUAGUUGUUGUUUUUAUUAUAUUCUGGUGUGAGAUGUGACCAAAGACAAAGAGCCUCUCUGUUUCUUGGUUGAACUGUUGCAAAUACUGGUGUAAAAACCACAACCAGGAAAUCCUGCUGAAAGCUGCUGAAACAGAGAAGACAUGACUGGUGUUGAGGAUGUUCAACUGGACCUGAGACAAGAAGGUGAAAGUUCUGAUUACAAAUCAGCACUUUCAUCAGUAAUAAUUUCCACGGAUGAAGAGGAAUCAGACAGAAGACAGAUGCAAAACAGCUGGCUGAAGAGACUGCGAUCUAACUGGCAAGCUGUUUUGAUUGGGAUUUUGGUGGUGCUUUUUUGUAGUCUGACCGCUGUCUACAUUGCUCAGAUAUAUGACCUGCAAAGACUGACAGCGGAAUCACAGCUUAUGGAAGAGACCACCACGCUGCUGAAAAUUCAAAACAAUCAGCUGCAAGCAGAAAAUCAACACCAGCUUUCAAUCCUGUCCACCGACAAAAUGGCCUUCGUCUGGAAAUUCUGCAACGAGACCACACUGCAGUGUGCACGCUGCGAGCCUGGCUGGGUCGUGCACGAUUCACGUUGCUUCUUUUUGUCCCCGGAAACAUUUAAUUGGGAAAGAGCUCGCAGCAAGUGUAUUGCAAUGGGUGCUGACAUGGCUGUUGUUUUGAAUGCCGAAGACCAGGAAUUCCUUACCAACUUGACUUUUGACUUCCACCAGCAGCACCCUAAUGUAAGCUUCCAUUCAGCGUGGAUCGGGUUGCAGGACAUUGUGCAGGAGGGCAAGUACCAGUGGGUUGAUGGCCGAAGCAUCGACAAAGAUGUCUUUUACUGGAUGCCCCAGGAGCCAAACAACGCCAUUCCCGCCUGGGACAAAGUCCAGGAAGGACAGGACUGUGUUGCCAUUGUCCCGCCGAAGCACAGAGGACAGGCAAAUUGGUUAUACACCUGGGAUGACAUUGUUUGUGUUGGCAGCAGGAACUUCAUUUGUGAGACCAUGGCUUUCACUUAGUCCUGACUUACAGACCUGUGAUGUAGCUGCAUGUUGUUGGUUAAGAUGUGGAAGAUAAAGCAAUAUGUCACUCUCUCUCUCAA